GAGCAUGACCUGUCUGUUUGUCCGCGUUGAUGGCUGGAGGUCAGUCCUGUGUUCUCUGGCUCGUAUUGUACGCUGAAUGCAGACACUCAGUCUGAGUCUGACAGUGUAUGUAUAUGCCAUCCACUGCCGCUGCUGCUGCGAACCAGGAACUGUGGGCAGGACAAGUGAAAGGGAAAAUGAAAGCAUCGACACAAUGAUCCAGCUUAAAUUCAGGUUACAGUGACAGCCAUCCAACCAUAAGUAUCUAAACCAAACAUUGACUACAAAUUAUUUUUCAUGAUGCAUCUGCUGUUUUUAAUCUUGCUGUUUUUGGAGUCACUCUGUUAUGUCCAGUCCUCUGAAAGCAACAGUCCAACUGGUGAUAACCUAGCCACAGACGGCCUUCCUUUCCCAUGGAGUAAAGUGCGUCUGCCAAACUACAUAGUGCCAGUACACUAUCAUCUUCUCAUCCAUCCCAAUCUGACCACACUGAGCUUCACUGGAUCCGUCAAGAUUGAAAUCGAUGUGAAAAACAACACAAACUGGGUGGUGCUGCACAGCAAGAACCUGAAGAUCUACACCGCCACUGUUUUAGACGAGCAUGAAGCCCAUCUGUCAGAAAAAACACUGUCUGUUCUUGAGUAUCCUCUACACGAGCAGAUCGCCAUCUUCUCCCCAAAGAUCCUCACUUCCGGGGAAAAAUAUUUCUUGUAUCUGGAGUUUGGCGCACCGUUGAGUGAUGGCUUCCAUGGCUUUUAUAAGAGCACAUACAGGACCAAAUCAGGAGAGACAAGAGUCUUGGCAUCCACCCAUUUUGAACCCACAUCUGCCCGGAUGGCGCUGCCGUGUUUUGAUGAGCCCGUUUUCAAAGCUAAUUACACUGUCAGAAUAAGAAGAGGCCCAUCACACAUUGCUCUGUCGAACAUGCCUUUAGAACAAACUGUAGAAAUCAGCAACGGUCUGUUUGAAGACCACUUUGAAGCGAGUGUGAAAAUGAGUUCAUACCUGUUGGCUUUCAUCAUCUGCGACUUCAAAUCUGUUAGUGGAUUAACUGCGACUGGAAUUAAUAUUUCUAUUUACGCAGUUCCAGAGAAAUGGCACCAGACACAGUAUGCUCUAGAGGCUGCUUUGAGGCUUUUGGAGUUUUAUGAACAAUAUUUCAACAUACUUUAUCCGCUGCCAAAACUGGAUCUGAUAGCUAUCCCAGAUUUCGAGUCAGGCGCGAUGGAGAACUGGGGUUUGACAACUUACAGAGAGACGUCACUCCUGUAUGAUCCUGACAUCUCAUCGGCCUCCGAUAAACUCUGGGUUACAAUGGUGAUAGGACAUGAACUGGCACAUCAGUGGUUCGGGAACCUGGUGACGAUGGAUUGGUGGAAUGACAUAUGGCUGAAUGAAGGCUUUGCCCGCUAUAUGGAAUCUGUGUCGGUUGAGGCAGUUUAUCCAGAGCUUAAAGUUGAGGAUCACUUUCUAGACACCUGCUUUGGAGCUAUUGGGCGGGAUUCUCUAAAUUCAUCCAGGCCAAUUUCCAGUUUAGCUGAGAGUCCAACUCAGAUCAAGGAAAUGUUUGAUACUGUUUCAUAUGAAAAGGGAGCAUGUAUUCUCCAUAUGCUGAGGCAUUUCCUGACAGAUGAAGGCUUUCAGAGUGGAAUAAUUCGAUAUCUUCGGAGGUUUAGCUACUGCAAUGCCAGAAAUGAAGAUCUGUGGGACAGCCUUAUUAAAACCUGUUCUGAGGAGGAUUUUGCAGCAGGAGAAUACUGUUACAGCAGUGCUCAAGCCACUAAAAAUGCGUAUCGUUUUGCUGGGGAGCAUGUCGACCUGAAGAAAAUGAUGAAUACGUGGACUCUACAAAAGGGCAUACCGCUGGUCACGGUGAAGCGGCAGGGAAGGAAACUUCAUAUAGGACAAGAGCGUUUCUUGAAGAUAGUGCUGCCUGAUGAUCCCUCAUGGCAUUCGCUUCAGGACGGCUACCUGUGGCACAUCCCUUUGACAUAUAAAACAAGCCAUUCUGACCAUGAAGUCAAGCACAUAUUGGACAAAAAAUCAGAUGUGUUGCUGCUGGAUGAACACGUUGACUGGGUGAAGCUCAACACUGACAUGAAUGGAUAUUACAUUGUUCAUUAUGAUGAGGAGGGCUGGAAUGCACUGACGGAGCUGCUUAAAGUGAACCACACCGCCCUGAGCUUCAAGGACAGAGCCAGUCUCAUUCACAAUGCCUUCCAGCUUGUCACUGCGGGACGACUGUCUCUAGACAGAGCUUUAGAUCUUAUUGCUUACCUGAAGUCUGAGACCCACAACGUUCCUCUCCUGCAAGGCCUUGGCUAUCUGCAAUCAUUUUACAAACUCAUUGAGAAGAGAAAGAUAGCUGAUGUUACUCAUAAUCUAAAGACGUACAUCUUGCAAUAUUUCAAAGACGUGAUUGACAAGCAGUCGUGGAGCGAUGACGGGAUGGUGUCAGACCGGAGAUUGCGUGAAGACGUUCUUUCUCUCGCUUGUGAUUUAGAUUAUCCACCCUGUUUGGAAAAGGCUGAACGACUCUUUGUUAGUUGGGUGAAAUCCAAUGGUACAAUCAGCCUACCCACUGAUGUGUCUGAGACAGUUUACAUGGUCGGAGCUCAGGAUGACAGCGGUUGGGUCUACCUUCUCAGACAGUAUGGCGUCUCCAUGUGUGAGACAGAGAAGAGCAAAUUUCUUUCGGCUUUAACAAGCAGCAAGGAUUCCGAAAAACUGUCAAGAUUAUUGCAGCUUGGAAUGGAAGGAACAGUAAUAAAAACACAGAAUUUACCCAGUCUUAUAUACAUGGUGGCCAGAAAUCCAGUGGGUCACUUUCUAGCUUGGGAUUUUGUGAAGAAGCACUGGAAUGAACUAGUAGAAAAGUUUCCACUGGGAUCUUUUGGAAUCAGAGAAAUAAUUGUUGGCACUGUUACUCAGUUUUCAUCCACAGAGGAGCUAAGAGAGGUUGAGAGUUUCUUCAAGUCAAUCCAAGAGCAGGUAUCUCAGCUGCGUAUCAUACAGGUGGCCACAGAAAAUGUGGAGAAGAACAUUGUGUGGCUCAAAAGAAAUCUAGAGACUAUGAGGACUUGGUUGCAGCGAAGACUCAACUAAAAUAUUCAAAUAAGACCAACAGAAACUCCACAAGACUUUUCAAAUUUUCUAUUGUUUUGCAUUUUUUAGAUUAUGUUUUAAUUGAACUGGGUAGCGGCUGGUAUAAUGCAUGAUGUGUUUGCUUUUUUGGGGGUUAACUUGGAUAAUGAGUUUCAGCAACAGCAAUGCAGUUCCAAAAUUUACAGGGUUUUGCAUUUGUGUUUUUCUUUGCCUCUAGCUUUGCCACAUUCAGAACUAAUGUUAAAAGGAGACUGCUUAUUAAUUACUGCAAUAUCAAAAUCAUAAUCAUUCUUUAUGAUUAUGAAAUCAUACUUGAAGACUCUGAAUAUUAUUGCACUGAAUAAUGUUUGGAAUAAAAUAAUAAAAAAAAUGUUUUACAUAACAGAUGGAAAUGAAAAA